GUAUAAAUUGUGAGUCCUUUUUUCCGUUUCAUGUAUUUUCUGCUAACAUAGCUGUUGCCUGCUUGUUUUGCAGGCAUAGCAAUGGAUGGCAUGAACAGAAAGGAUCGCUUCGGACUUCCGCCUCUGCCACAGCCACCUCGGUCUAGGGCUCCUUCAACCCUUGUACCCCCUAUGCCAUCUCAACUUGGGAGGCAACCCCAGUUGAUGAUGAUCAGUGGUGGGGAUGGCAGGAGGCCAUUUCCAGAAGGAUUGAGCCGCAACAUCAUUCCCCAGAAUCAGUCUCAACACCCUGAAAAUGAUCCAAUCUCCACUGGUCUUGUAGUCUCCGCCGCUGGUGUUGGUACUGGAGUCACUUUCAGAACUGAAUCCAUGACUGUGAGUGAUGCCAGGGGUACACAACCAGACCCUAACAUGGAUGACAGGAGACUCAGACGGCUUCUUUCAAACCGAGUGUCUGCUCAGAGAUCUAGAAUGAGAAGGACUAACUACAUUAAUGAAUUGGAAAACCAUGUGAAAGAACUUGAGACCCGGAUAGCAGAACUCUCUCCUGAAUUGAUAGUAUACCAAGGGAAGAAAAAGCUGCUACAACUGGAGAAUGAGUUGAUGAAACAAAAGAAGACCAUGAUUCAAGAACAUCUGAAUCUCAAACAUGCUGAAACUAAGGCUCACCAAAAGGAAAUUUAUCACCUUAAGCAACUUUUUGAGAUGCAACAGCAGCAAAACCAGGCAUGGAUGUCCUCCUGCACAUCUGGGCAGGUGGAUUAUAUCACAAAUCAAGGCAUGUAUCAGGCUUGGCCUGUUCAGAACAUGUAUCAACCUUGGGUGGAGCAGGCUGAGAAUCCCGACAUCCUUCAACCAACCGGGUGGGAGCAUUCAGGGAGUUUGGGAAUAUCAAUUUCUGAGCCUAAUGAGAAGGUGACUUCCGAGGCAUAUCAACCUGCUUCGGAAGUGAAGGGGCUUAAGGAGAUAUAAAGGCUCCAACAACAGAAAAUGCAAGGUUGAGGAUUGCUGGUUUAGGAUAUUGCAUUUUCAUGAAUGAACAGAUUGAAAACUCUAGCCAGGCUGGUUGGCUUAGAGGACGAUUGCGUUUUUUUUCCCUUCUGAUUUGAAUUGCUUAGUUUGUUUCUAUGGUUUAGGUCCUUUUUUUGUCCUUUUAUGGCUUUCUUUGAAAUUCAAACUGGUCCAGCUAUUUAGUGUGCU